GACCCUUCACAUACGCUGGUGCUUGUUUUGGUUUGUUGGAGUCGUGACUCCGGGCCAGGAUUCUGGCAUGCAGCCUGAUUUCUUUUCUUUCAGUGCCUAUAGGGUAGCUACGGACACUGUGUUGGCCUACGUCCCUGGUGUGACCCCGACUCAAGGGGGCAGGAAGUGGCCUUCCGGUGUCCUCGGUAGGAUCUACUGCUGCUCAGAGAGGGCGGCGGCCGUCACAUUACUCAUCUUUCGAUGCGCUGGUCCUCCCAGUUCCCUCCCCUCAACGUCUAAACAAACUAGCGCGUGACCGACCGACUCGAAAACAGCGUCACCCACUUAGAAAAGUUGCUUCUUGCCCUUCUUUUUCCGUAUAUCUCUUUCGCGCCUCCACGUAUUGGCGCUCCUUCCUCCCCAUCCUCCAACGUGAGAUUGGUGGCGGGAAGUGAGUUUGAAGAUAAAACUUUGUUUAAAUGUUGUUUACUCUGGGAGCUAGGUUAAUACUCAACUGGUUUAGAAGCACCGCCGUGAGUUCGAGGCCAGCCUGGACUAGUGAACCCCUGUCCAAACAAAACAAAAAACUCAGAUGAUACAAUGUUAAAAUGUUUGGCUUCAUAUUCCCUUGAGAUCAUUUAUUUGUUGCAAUGAGCCGCCAAACUCAGUAUGCAUUAAAUGAGGUUUAGAAUGUCAAACUGCUAAAAGAGCGAAAAGUUUCCCUUCCAUUUGGUCCAGUUCUUCCACUCGUAAAUUUCGUGUGGUUUCUUUCAGACGGCUUAUUUAUGUUCAUUGUUAAGUGUACAUUUCCCCUUUAAAAAAAAACAAAAAAACCUUAGGAGUAACUCGCUGUGCUCCUCCUUUUAUCCAUAUUAACAUCACUGAUUUGAAAAGGUCUCCCUGGCUCGCACUCAGUGCAGCGAGGUCCCCUAGGAGCUGUCCUCGUUCAUCAGAAGAGGUCCCUGGGGUUCAGCUGUGUGGCUCCAUGAGACCAGGAGUUCGGGGCCGCCUUUCCCUUUCUCCUGGCCAGGGCGGGCGACGCGCCAGCGGCUCAUAAACGUAGUGCAAACGCGGCGCAGGCGAAGUACAAGCCUGGCUGCUGGUGUCCCCACUUCGCGAGCUUCGCAGGCCGGUGGCUGGCAGUGCGAUGGACCUGGCCGGGCUCCUACUGGACGAAGAAGGCACCUUUUCCCUCACCGGCUUCCAAGACUUCACGUUCCUCCCAGGACACCAGAAGCUGAGUGCCCGAAUCCGAAGGCGGCUAUACUAUGGCUGGGACUGGGAGGCCGACUGCAGCCUGGAGGAGCUCUCCAGCCCUGUGGCAGACAUUGCUGUGGAACUGCUCCAGAAGGCAGCCCCCAGCCCUAUUCGCCGGCUCCAGAAGAAAUAUGUGGCUCAUGUGUCCCGAGAGGCGUGCAUCUCCCCGUGUGCCAUGAUGCUAGCUCUGGUGUACAUUGAGCGGCUCCGGCACCGAAACCCAGAUUACCUGCAGCACGUAUCAUCUUCUGACUUGUUCCUGAUCUCCAUGAUGGUGGCCAGCAAGUACCUCUACGACGAAGGGGAGGAGGAGGAGGUCUUCAAUGAUGAGUGGGGAGCUGCUGGGGGUGUGGCUGUGCCCACUCUCAAUGCCUUGGAGAGGAGCUUCCUGAGUGCCAUGGAUUGGCGUCUCUACAUUGAUCCUGGGGAGAUCUUUGAGGUGCUGAGCUGGCUGGAGAGCCGUGUGGCUGCGCAGCAGGGGCGACGGCGGGGCUGGUACACCUAUACAGACCUGUGUGUGCUGCUGGAGCAGCCAGCUUGGCAGCUGGCCUUGGGCUCCCUCUGCCAGCGACUAGUAAAGCUGUCCUGCCUGUUAGCCAUGGCAUAUGUGAGCAGCGUAGCCCUGGCUGUGGCAUCAGUGGCUGUAAUACACCAGUCCUUAGGGCUGUCCUGUCACCCCUCACCUGGCCCUCCUGACCUUGGCCUGGCCUCCAAGGGCCUUUUGGAGCCCUGCAUUCCUUCUCCAGUGCCGAAGUGCCUGCCAUCUUCUAACAUCUCCAGCUGCGUGGAAGGUGACGCAGGGCUGCGUUCACUCUGGGACAGUCUUCUGGCCUCACUGACUUCCCCAUCAUUGCCUCCUCCAGAACCUCCUUCCCUGGCCCCUCUUCUACAUAACUGCCCCCUUUGUCAGAAACUCCAGAGAGACCCCCCAGCCUGCCAUGCCUGCCACCAUCCCAACUAUACGCUACCCGCUGGGCCUCCCAGCCCCUGGUACCACACCCACGGCCUGGCUCCACCUUGGCCCUGGAGCCCAAUGGCCCCUCCGCUUCCCCAUCCCCAGCAGUGUUCUCUUUUCAGUGUGAUGGAGCUGGCCCGCCUCAAGUCUUUCAUUUUCCCAGGCUAGCUAGGGCUUCAAGGUAUGCAUUCAGAGGAUUUGGGAGUCUCUGAGAACCUAGACGAGGAAAGCUUGAUUUAGAUUCUUGCUGUCUCUCUGGGUCCUUGGAUGGUCCCCUGUCCUCCUGGGUAAGAGCUUAAGAGGUUGUGGGGCAGGACUGAAGUUCAUUCACUCUCCUAGACCUCAGUGGCUGGCUGCUUGGCCAGGGGAGCGAUGGUGCCAGGGAAAGCUUCAUCUGGGUGAAAGGGGCAGGUCACAGAUGAGAGGAGAAGCCCCAUCUCUGUUUCCUCGGGGUUCUUCUAGACUUUUGCUUUUGAGUUUCCUAGGAUGGAAGGGUAAAGGUGGAAGAUGGGAGUACUUGGGCAAAGGGAGGAAGGAAAUAUGUAUUGAAAAAGGCCUGUGUGAUAUGUCCUGAGGUGAGAACCCAGGACUGACAGGACUGAGGGAAAACUGGGUGAGGUGGGAAAACUUUUCUACGCCUGUCCCUUGGCUAUAAUCUAAUGGAGCCAAGGACUGACUGCUGGGACCUUCGACCUUGACCUUUUGUCUUCCAACCUUCUGAGUGUCCUGCUCCAAGGCUUCCUUCUCUUCUGGUUCCUCUUUGGGUGUUCUCUUCACAGGCCUUUCUGGCCACUGCUUUGUAUCUGAGUUUUUCAUGCUUUUGUAGAACUAAGAUUUCAAUAAACAAUUUCAGUUGCAUGGCCUCGACUUUUCCUUCUUGCGACAGCCCUUGAAGAUCUUUCCUCCUCAUGUCUGCCUUCCAAGCCUCCCUACUUUCUCAUCCUGUAAGCAUUUCUCACCUUGUAAGCGUUUUCUCUGAGCCCCAUUUUAGAACUUCCCAAUUGUCUGAUAGUCAUAGGCUCCCAUUUCAAACUUCCCUUUGGCCCUAUUCCCAGCACCCUGGGGCCCUGGCACUGCUCAGCUUGAGUUGCCACAGAACAUAAAUGUUGACUAUCCCAUGCCUGGGGUUGGCCCUGUCUCUCAUUUUCGGGGUAAGCAUUUUCUGUAAGGCCAAGCCAUGUAUCCAGAAGAGCACUCUGAAACUCCUUGAGCACAAGCCGGGAGGAUACCUCUCUGCUGACUCCACCAGGCUGAUACAUGGCAGCAGUUGCAUUGUUGAAAGAAUGCUUCAGCGGAAUCCUUACUGGAAGAAUAGACUAAACUGCCUCCACUGAGGGCAUUUGAACGCUGGAGAUCGUCCCCAGCAGGGGUGCUUCCACCCCCUAGAGGGCAUUUUGGAGAUGCGCAGGCCGUUUUCACCGUGUUUCAAGGAUUUGGAGGGAUGUUACUGGCAUGUAUUCAGCGUGGGCAGGAUGCUAAUCAUCCUAAAAUACUCAAAACUUCCCUUGCUGUGAAGAAUUCUCAGGACAAAUCUUGAAUGACUAGCUGGUCAUGUAUGUGAAAAUCCUGUUUGUCUGAGCUUGGAAUAAUCUUUUGACAUGUAAGCAUGAAACCAUUUUUGUACAUUUUGAAAAAGACUUGAGUUUUGUAGGAAUGCACUUCCUUGUAAAUUAAAACUGUACUUUGUUUUGUUCAGCACUUUACGAGGAGUUUGUUUGCUAUUUUGGAUAAAUUGGGUUACCAGUGCCAGUGCUGCAUGUUGCCAAUAAAGUGCUAUUAUUAGCGGUCA